ACUAUUUUAUUAAAGAAAGUUGACAUUUAUACAUUUUCAAUUGGCUCUUCAGAAUCACGUCUUACUCGUAAAGAUUAAAGAAGAGGAAUGCCACCUGCACCAUCAAUAAGGGUGGUAGUAACUUUCGAAUUUUGGCUUUACCAAAAAUUUAAAAAAAAAAAAAUCAAAUUUUGGGAAUAACCGCCGACAUUAAACCCAAUUCUAAUCUUAUGAAAAAAUGAUAAUUGAUCGUUGCCGUUGAAGAUAGCCUUCAUUCAUAGGCACUAUCUGCUUUCCACGGAAUACAUCACAUGCAUGCUUUAAGCUUUAUCGUUGUCUGUGCUUAAAAUAAUUUGGGGUAUCAUUAUUCAUUUUUCCUGCAGCUCAUUACAAUCAACCAGAAAUCCUCUCUUUUUGCUGCUAUCUACUAGUCUAGUUUACCUUCCCUUCCUCCCAAGCUCUUCAGAGUUGGUUCAGAUUACCCUCCCUACCUCCCAAGCUCUUCAGAGUUGGUUCAGAGGAAGUCAUGGAGAGGAUCAAUCAUUUCAGCCAUCAACAUCCUUUGGUAGUUGUGGAUCAAGAGUCAGUUGAUCGUGGAAGUCGAAAAGGUUUUUGUUCUGGAUGCAACGAAGCAAUAAAGGGUUAUUGUUAUCAAUGCCGGAAAGUAGCAGAGGGUUAUUGUUCUGGAUGCGAGGAAGAAUUAGAGGGUUCCAGCUACGGUUGUGGCGAGUGUGGGUUUUUCCUCCAUAAGAAAUGCGCUGAGCUGCAAAGGGAGAUCAUUAAUCACCCCCUCCACCCCCACCAUCCUUUUAUCCUUCGCUUGGAAAAUUAUGCUCAUAGUUGUAAUGUUUGCUGGAAAAGUAUUAGAUUUUUUUAUCGAUGCGAUUCUUGUGAUUUUGACCUUGACCUUAGAUGUGCUAUGCAUCCUCAAUUUGUUGCUCAAGAAUUUCAAAAGCUCCAACAUUUUAGCCACGAUCAUCCAUUGAUACUUGUUGAAGACAUUGAAAUUCAAACCAAAGAAAAAUUCUGCUCAGGAUGUAUGGAACCCAUGUACAAGUCAAGUCCAUUCUACUGUUGUCCCAAUUGCAUAUUUCACCUUCAUAAGAAAUGUGCAGAGUUGCCUCUUAAGAUCCAUCACCAUAACCAUUGGAAACACCCUCUAAUGCUUUUGGCCAAACCCCCACCUCAUCAAGAGAAAUGUUCUUGCAAUUUGUGCAGUAAGUCUUGUAAGGAAGGAUUUGUUUAUUAUUGUUCAAUUUGUGAGUUGGGCUUCAAACCUGCGGAUCCUAUUUUGCAAACAAUUAUAGCUGAAACUCAUGAACAUCCCCUUAUUAUUCAUAUAGAUUGCACUUCACUUCGCCGCACCAUCAAAAUAAUAAGGCAUCCACAUCGACUUUAUCACAUCUAUUCCUUUCAAGAUGAGGAAGCUGGAAAACGUGAAUACAAUAUUUGUCAUGAUGACAUAAAUCUGGGAUAUGGGAGAUAUUGCUAUUCAGAUUGCAAAUAUUUUGCUCAUGUAAAUUGUGCAAUUGAUGAAGAUCUUUUGGAAGAUGAAAAGUCCAAACUAUCAGAUGACUUGACUACUAUCUCUCCUGCUUUUCAGGAAAUCAAACCUGGAGAGAUAAAGCAUUUCAGCCAUAAACACAACUUAAUAUUGAGUGAUGAUAGGGUUGAGGAUGGCCAAAGUUGUGAAGGUUGCAUGCGUUCCAUCUCUACUUCAUUUUACUAUUGUGAACAAUGUAAUUUCUUUCUCUGCAACUGCUGUGUUCAUAAGUUACCCAGGAAGGGGCGUCACUGGACUUGCAUGCAUUUAAGAGAACUCUUUUUCUAUUCCAUUUUUUAUUGUGACUAUUGCCGGUUUUGGAAUAGUGGUUUUGGCUACAAUUGUAAUGCUUGCGACAAGAUUAUGUGCAUCCGGUGUAAUAAAAUUCUUGACACUCGUAUUGUAAAUAUAGAAGGACAGGAGCACUUCCUUUUCUUUGACCAUAAAUACGAAGGUAAAUGUUAUGGUUGUCAUGAGUAUGGUGAUCGGGGCAGUUUUAGAUGCAAGGACAAGAAAUGCAAUUUUGCCUUGGAUUAUAGAUGCCUUGUACUACCAAAAACAGCUCGGUACAAAUAUGACGAUCAUGCUCUCAAGCUAACUUUUCGUGAUGAUCAUGAUCUAAGUCAAUGUCAUUGUGACAUAUGUGAAGAAGACAGAGAUCGGAAGCGGUGGUUUUAUCAUUGUGCCGAUUGCAAUGUUUCUGCUCAUCCUUAAUUGUGUACUUUGGAAAUCCCCAUUUGUUAAGCUCGGGAAACCAUUCCGGAUUGAUGAUCACAAACACCCUGUCACUUUGGUGAAGAUAGAUUUUUAUCCUCCUAAAUGCAACAUGUGUGAAAAGCCUUGUAGAGAUGAUCUAGCCAUUCAAUGCAGAGAGCCAGAUUGCACCUACAUAUUCCAUUGGCAGUGCUAUUGGAAGGAUAGAUUUUUUUGGAAUUGGUUUCUUCUACAUACAGACUAAAGAGCUGAGACUGGUAUUGUUGUUAUGAUAUUAAUUAUGUCUAUUAUGAGGGUAGACGAAAAUGAGAUUAUCUCAUUUGCACUUCGUUUUGACUGAUUUUUAAGUUUAGUUUGAUCUUCUAGCUGUUGGGUGAUGUGAUCGGACUAUAACUUGUUUGUUUCUACCAAAUAUGUGAUAUGACUAUUGUUUGAAAUUUGAAUGUAUUGCUUCAAAUAGUUGUUUUUUCUUAUCAAUAAUUCGGUUGUCUCUAUACUUCAAAUACCGGAAAAAAAUAUUUCUUUUUCUUUUCUUUUCUGAUUUUGAUUUUUAUUUGUUUCAGUAUGUUUUCUUUGAUGGUUCAUAUAUUCUCAACUAAUACUUUUACGCAAAGAAAAGAUAGUUUAAUAACAUGAUAUCCUAUCU